UAUCACUAAGUCUUCUCCAUUAACGCUAUAAAUAGAUUGAAAUCCUAAGCUAAUUACAAUCACAAACACAAACACAAACAAAACGCCUCUCAAUACUAAAUCAAGAACAUUGAAUAAAACAAUGUCUUCACGACAAUCGGUGAGGCACCCGAGUCACAACCAUCCAUUGCGCGGUCACAAAUGCGAAGCCAAAGACGAAAUCAUCUGCUCCGGUUGUGAUCUCGAUCUGGUUGGUGCAGCUUUCAAAUGCACAAAGUCAUCAGAUUGUGAUUACUUCUUGCACAAGUCAUGUUUUGAACUUCCACGUGAAACCAACCACAAAUCUCACCAACCCCACACUUUGACUUUAAUCUAUUCCCCAAAGUCAACGUACACGUGUAAUGCUUGCGGCGAAUACGGAUCAAGUUUCACGUACAACUGUUCAAUCUGUCAGUACGAUGUACAUGUCGGAUGUGUUUCAAUGCCUGAAACAGUGAAGCGUGAAGAUCACCCACAUCCACUUACUCUUCUUUACGGUUCUCCUUAUAACCAACCCGGUUUAGUUUCCAAAUGCGAUGUUUGUGAAGACAUUGUACCGGAUAAUCUCUGGUCGUAUUAUUGCAAGGAAUGUGAUUACGCUACGCAUUUACACUCAUGUAAGAAAGAGGAAGAGGCAAAGAAAGAAGAUCAAAAAGGAGAAGGAAGUAAAAACUCGAUGAAUUCGGAGUUAGCUGCAAUGUUAGAGGCUCAAAGAGAAGUGGAGAGGAUGCAGAUUGAGAUGCAUUUGGCGAUGCAAAGUGCUUUGAUUUCGAAAAAGGCGAAUAAGGCAGCUCUCAAUUGCAUCUAAUUCGAAGAAGUUGGGAUUCUUCAAAUUCUCUUUACUUGUGUCUGUUUUUCUUCUUUUUGUUGCUUUUUCUUGAUUUAUGUUGUUGUUGCUCCUGCAAACUUUUCAUGUUGUUGUUGUUGUUGUUUUUUUCUUUGAAAUUGUUAUCUGAAAUAAAAGAAUUAUCAGUUUUUUUUUUUGAACGAUUAUUGCUGCUUUCGUUUUUGUAACCAUGUUACCUUUGCAUACUAUGUUUCAAGUUCCAUAAUCCAUUUUAUAUUACUAUAGGAAAAAUAUAUAAGUAUUGGAUCACCC